AUGCUGAUUGUCCGGAAGACUGCACAGGAAUUGACCAAUUAUGCUCGUGGUGCUAACGUUCCUAUCGCUUACAUGAUUUUGGAGGUAUUAUUUUCGCAGCUGUUCCGUCUUCCUCUUCCGCCUCAGCCGACUGGUUUUUAUGAGUGCAGUCAUCGACUAUGCCUCAAGUUUUGGCUCAAGCUGCUGAACUUCUUGUAUCAACGUGCUGGUACAAUGCAACCGUUGUGCUUAGACAGACUUGUGGACUGGUUCAGCUUCCAUUUAUCCAAUUUUGGUUUCCGUUGGUCAUGGAAUGACUGGAAGGAUUGCCUCGUUGCCGAUAGAUGGGAUGCGAAGAAAAUAUUCGCUCGUGAAGUGAUAGAGAAGGUGCCGUCGGCUGUCUUAUUACGGACAGUUGAAAGAGUUCCUUCCUACGUCGUUUGCUGCCAUGAUUCCCCCUCCUCCAGAUGUUGUGUGCAAAUUCGACGAUGGUAUGAAAGCGUGGCCUCUAAGUUCCAUUCCUCUGCAUUACAAAGUCGUUCGGACGACAAUACAAUUAUGGCUGAAAUUCGUGAUGCCGAUGACCGUUAUGAUCCAGAUUUGUUCGGAAUAUUCUUUGCCGUGCUACUGAAAACCUCUGCCAAGUCGUUCAGUCAUACAUUUGUUGCUCUAUCCAGGUAUAGCACGACUCUGAAGACCAUUGCGGAUACUUCUGAUGAGAUGCAGGAAGUACUACUCUGCUUGCUUGUUUCAGUGCUGGCGUCACAAUCAUUUGCGAAUAGUCAUAUUAGUUGA